AUGGCGCGAGGAGGUGAAGAAAUCCAAAUUCACGGGAAAAAGCGCCCUGCCGAAGGGGACCCCGAUGGCACGCAACCACUCGCAAAACGAUUCGGAUGUCUUCAAAUAGAUAAUCAUGGCCCAAUCCUCGCUCGGGCCACGCACGACAAUCGCCAACUCCUCGAACAGGGAGAUGCGAUGCUGCUGGACGAUACAAAGCAUACUACGUAUAUUCACAAUUUGGACCAAGAGCUAGCCAACACUGAUACUCCCGAGGAUAAUCUUAUUCUCCUGCCCCUCGCAGAGAGAAUUAUCUCGGUUCCAAAAUCGGUCCUGUCAAAUUCAACGUCCCCGGGGAAAGAAUUGGUGCUGUGCACGGAGCCUUCUUCUCUGACGGUGCCUGUGGAGCAAGACAGUGUGCGGAAAGCGAUCAUCGACACAAAGGCACGAGCUAGGGCCGAGAGGAUGAGGACCUCCAAUCCAACCGGUAGCAACCCAGCUCCAGGCAAGGAUACCUCUGAGACAACUGAGUCUGGCAGCGAGGAUCCAAUGGACCUUGACUAUGGGUUCUAA